CUGCACACAACUUUUCAAAAAAAAUAUGACCUUUGGAGUGUAAAAUCGACUUGAGUCAAAUCUUAUCAAGACAAACAGUACAAUAAAUGAAAAAAAGAUAUACUUAUGCCCAGAUCGCCACAUCAUGGCUACACCGGAGCACUUGCUGAUCGAACAAUUCGGAACUGUUCGUCGAAUAACCAUACACAAUCCUCGCAAGAAAAAUGCUAUCAACUUGCAGGCCUAUGGCGAUUUAGCGGACCAGUUGAACUCGGCCGACAUAGAUGACGGUGUCACGGUGCUCGUCUUGACUGGUUCUGGUGAUUUCUACAGUUCUGGGAACGAUAUCAGUGCAUUGUUAACUGACGAACGACCGGUGGAACAACGACUGGAAUCCUCCCAUGGCACGUUGGCUCGAAUGGUGAAGGCGUUUUAUUCCUUCAGUAAACUGCUCAUAGGAGUUAUUAAUGGGCCCGCGAUUGGCAUUGCUGGUACUACGGCUGUUCUCUGUGAUGUUUUAUAUAUGGAAGAAACGGCUUACUUCUACACUCCAUUCACUGCCCUGGGCUUAUGCGCCGAAGGUUGCUCUUCGUACACGUUUCCAAAACUAAUGGGGACAAGUAAGGCAUCGGAGAUGCUGCUGCUCAACCAUAGAAUGAGUGCACAGGAAGCAUUGCAAUUUAAUGUAGUUGCGGAACUUUUCAAACGGCAGGAAUUUGAAUCGAAGCUUUGGCCACGGAUUUUACAGUACGGAGAAUUACCUGUGGGAUCUGUGAAAGCUACUAAACAGUUGAUGAAAAAAUUUGAUCUUGAUCAACUUGAACAAGCCAACAAACGGGAAUUGGAAGCUCUGGCAAAGCGUUGGCAAACGGAAGAAGCUAUGCUGGCCGUUAUGAAUUUUAUGACCAGGAAAAGUAAAAUGUGAUAAGACCAUUUUCAUUGUAAAGCAAAAUAAAUGCUAACGGCAUGUUUCUUUUGUUAUAAAUACAACAUUUUACUAUUGAAAACAA